AUGGUUUGUGGGAGAAAAGAAGAAGUUCUUGAAAUAACACCAGAGAUAAAAGUCAUGUUUAAGAUAGAUCGUGAUGCUGAUGUAAAGAAAGUAUUCAUAGUGAACUUUGGACUCCGUAUUUGUAUAUUAGAAGAAGACUGUAUAAUUGACAAGUAUUUUAUAGAAGAUCAUGAAGUUCCCAUUCCUCUUUGUAAUGAAGAAUUCACAUUACCAGGCGGUGGAGAUAUUGUAAACUUUGCUAAAACUGUGGGAGGAGAUAUUACAGCAGAGGCUUUUGACCUGAUCCUUAGGAUGUUAAAAUUAGAUACUAUAUUCCAGAAAGGAGACUGUAUAGUACCUCCAGGACCAAAAGAUUGUCCAUGGAAUAUCAAUGUCAAAUCCUACCUACCAGCUUCAGUAAAACAUCUUGUAACUUGUGAGAUGCCUGAUAACUGUUUUGGAUUAGACUGUUGUAUAGAGGUCCAGUUUACCCUACCACCAGCUUUAGGAGGCAGAGUGAUAGCUUAUUCUACUCCAUUCUGGUUCAAAAUGAGUCCGUGUGACUUUACCAUUGAUGUUGGAUUUGGAACCUGGACUUACAAGAAGACUCUCUUUGAAUAUGCUUGGGGUACACAGAAAGAACUGACCAUUGGUGAAGGCGAUCCAGCACCAGUCAAAAUUUUGUACACCAUAAGUAAGAUGGGAGGAGGAGAAGGAUUUAUUGUUGAUGUUAUAGUGACAAUCUGUAUACCAUUUGAUGACAACGAGCCAUUCUGUGCACCCACACCUGAUGGUUUACAUCUACUCCAGAAUCAACCAAUACCUCUCUGUUCCAGAAAUAUAACCAAUAUCCUCAGUAACAUUUCUUUCUCUCAAUUGGCCAAGGACGUUGGGUAUGAAGCAGGACAACAGCUGGCUGAUGGGGCUGCACAAUAUCUUCUAGAACAGGUGGGGCUGACAGAUUUCUUCCAAACUAAAUGUGAUCGUAGACGUGGAAUCUAUGAUCCUAGUGUAGUGGGAUGGAACAAUAUGUGUCCAUUAAGUAUUUCCAAGCUUCCAGAAAUAGAUGGUCCCAUGACCUGUAUGAUAACUGACACCUGUAGUGGAGUAGAUUGUUGUGCUGAGAUACCAUUCAUUGGACUGACUGUUCACCCUUAUUUCCUCAUCAACGCAUGUGAAUACAGUAUAUCAUUUGGUAUCAAUAAUAUUGUCAAAAAUCUGUCUUUGUUUGAAGGUGGAAUUGACAGUUAUGAAUGGGGAAAACCUGUGGAGCUAAAUAUUGAAGACAUUGUCAAGAUAAAACUUAUAAUGAAGAAACCACCAAAUGAGAAGAAAUUCAUUAUUGAUUUAACGGCCAGUGUGUGUUUUGAUGAAAGCAUAGCAGACCAAUGCCUAACCUUUCCCAUGAUGGUUGGAAGUGAAAUCCCUCAGCCAUUCUGUGACAUGACAGCUACCAUGAGUUUGUCUAGUUUCUCCGCCAUUGACUGGGGAGAUCAGUUGGGAGUUGACAUGGCCGACUUUACUGGAGUUUUAGCUAAGAACGUCGCCCAACUUUUGCUUCAGCAGCUGGGCCUGGAUGAGAUGUUGGAUGACCCAGGAUGUUCCCGUAAUGCUGAUCAAUAUCUACCUGCAGUGGGAGGAUGGAAAAACACCUGUCCCUUGGACAUAGACAGUCCCCCUAAUAUAACAGUACCUAUGAACUGUUAUAUCCCGGACUAUUGUACUGGACUGGAUUGUUGUUUCCAUUAUGACUACCUGGAUAUCUCGUUACAUACUUACCUGUAUAUUGAUACCUGUAAUUACAUCAUCAGAGGUGGAAUAGAGAAACUUACCUUUGAAUAUAAAAUCUUAGAUUUUGGUGAUUUAUGGGGCAAAGAAAUAGUUGUUCCACUGCAGAAUGUGAUCAAAAUAAGGUUUACGAUUGAUCAACUGUUGUAUGAGAAGAAGCUGAUUGUGGAUAUGUCCAUGUCUAUAUGUUUGGAUGUGAACACAGACUGUCAGCACAACUUUGACAUCUUGGUACAACAGAAAUUUCCACAGCCUCUUUGUGACAUGGACAUGAGUGGAUGGACACUCGAUACAAACUCCCUUGUUGACUGGGUUAAGGACAAAGGAUUAGAAGCUGGACAGUCCUUGUCGACAGCUCUGGCCAAUAAAUUAUUUGAUGAUUUUGGACUGACCCAGUUCUUGUACAACCCUUCUUGUGACAGGUUCGGUGGAAUUUACUCUGGUGCAGUCGAUGGCUGGAAGGCAGAUGCUUGCCCAAAAUCUGAUGAUAUGACUUUACCGAAGAUUCGAGGAACAGUCAGUUGUUACAUACCAGAUUAUUGUACAGGGAUUGAUUGUUGUGUGGAUGUAGGAAAGAUCGGCAAAUCGUUCCGUAUUUACGCCUUCUUAGAUGCUUGUAACUGGAAGCUGAGUAUCGGUAUCGAGAAACUAGUCUUUAAUUUCACCCUUCUGGAUUAUAAAUGGGGUGAGAAGAAAACCAUGUCAAUAUUACAAAUUCUUAAAAUGGAGUACAUAAUUCAUGACUUGCAAGCUGAGAAGAAAUACAUGUUAAACAUGAACUUAAGUGUUUGUUUUGAGGAGAGUGGACCAUGUCUGGUUUCUGUACCAGUAUUUGAAAACACCAAACUUCCUAAACUGGGAUGUGAUUGGACAAUAACAAACCUUGAUUUCUCAUUAAGUGACUUUAAAGCUCUGAAUAGUAUUACUGGAGCUGUGACAGGCCUAGCUCGUGACAAGAUGCUGGAAGCUCUGGGACUGACACCAUAUCUGAAGGAUCCAUCUUGUAGCCGCACAGUGGCACCAUUUGCUGGAGCCGUAAAUGGAUGGACCAAUGAGUGUCCUGUGUCCCUGCCAUACCCGUUACAGCCAAUUAGCUCCAGCAUACCACUAAGGUGUAGCCUCACGGACACCUGUACUGGUGUUACAUGCUGUUUAGAUAUAGCUGACUUUGAUCUGGCUGUUAACUUUUACAUCAGUUUGGAUGCUUGUAAUUACCAGUUUUCAGCUGGAAUUGAAAAUUUACCAUACAACAAGUCAUUGUUAAACUAUGAGUUUGGAACGGAGGAAAUUAUAAGUCUGUCUGAUGUCGUUCGCUUGAAGUUUACAAUUGAUGAUUUGAAGACAGAAAAGAUGUUUCUAGUAAACGCUGGAGUAUCAUUAUGUGUAGACAAUAAACAGGCAUGCCUUUAUACAGUGGAGCUUAUGAAAGAUGUACUGCUGCCAAAACCUUUGUGUAAUCUAGAGACUAAAAUCUCUUUAGCUGGUAAGUAAAACCCUAUGACAAUAUAAAACCAAUAUGUAAUCUAGACUAAAAUCUCUUUAGCUGGUAAGUAAAACCCUAUGACAAUAUAAAACCAAUAUGUAA